AAGGAGACGGAGCGCACGGCAGUUGCGACUGUAUCGCGCAAGCCCUCGGAGAUGCACAAGCAGGUGUCAGAAGCGCCCUCUUCUGCCACGGUCUCGAGUACAUCAACUGCGGCGACUGCAAAGCCCGCUCAAAGGCAAUCCGGAGGUGCUCAGCAAUGGACGGCGCCCCCGGGUCGUCGCCGGCGCGCGGAUAGCAAGUCAUCCGUGGCGACGUUUCACCAGGGCGGCGCGGAGUCGAUAUUCCGGCUGCUCCCGCGCGAGUCGCGUCCUGCGCUACAGCGGAUGAUGCACAUUGAGCCUUCGGCGCGCUGCACGCUGACGGAUUUGCUGCACGGGAAGGGCAAGUCGAAUGAUCUGCUUUGCGGAUGCCAUUCGCACGCGAAGGACGGCUCGUGGUGUGAAGACCACGAUCACCUACCGGAGGACGAGGACGAUGGCGACGCAUGGCUGAAGAGCAUCGUGCCAUGCUCGAAACCGGGCGUUAAGCCGAAUCACACACACAUCAAGGUUGCCGUUGACGAAAAGAGCAACGGACGGAAGAAGCCAUUCUUCUAG